AUGCAUCUGUUUCUUUGUUGGCGUGAAAUGGGAGAUCAUAUUGGUAUAUUAGGACACUCAAUUGAAACUUAUUUAUGGGGAGACGCUCGUGCCAGUCAUACAUUUUUAAUAGCAUGUACUGAUGAACAUCCUAUGGUAUUAAUUGAAAUCGAUAUUGGUGAUCAUGCAAAAGGUAUUCGUAAAAGCAUGAAAUUAAAUAUUGUUGAAUUAGAUGAUGUACCUGAUAUAAUAUGUAAAAUUGAAUUCAUCGGUGAAACAAAAUCAACAACGGCAUUCGAACAUCUUAUUCGAUCAGCACAUGAAUAUAUAAAGAAAUAUCCAAAUUAUCAUGUAUUAUUAAAUAAUUGUCGAACAUUUGUUGAAUAUCUUAUUGAUCAAAUACCAGAAUUUCACGAAUCUAUACCACGAAGAAAGGGUUCUAUACUUGAAUAUUAUCAUGCACAAGCUAAACAAGAAAAUCCAGGUGUAAUCGCCAAAAGUAAAGAAUUUUUGAAAGAUACGAUUGUUUUACACAAAAAAAAUAGACAAUAUAAAUAUGCUAGUGAAUUAGUAUUACACAUUGAAUUACCUAAACUGAAUAAUGAUAAUUAUGUUCAAAUUAUUGAAACACGAUUUUGA